AUGGUGAAGUCAAUACGGGUUAGGUCAAAGGAUUAUUGGGACGCACACAUCCUUGUCUACGGCCCGAGGGUGGGCCGGUUCGACGCGUUCGGUAAGCCCGUCGCCAUGAGGGGUCACAACGUGACCCUUGUGGUUCUAUGCACGUUUUUGUUAUGGUUCGGUUGGUUCGGUUUCAACCCGGGUUCGUUCAACAAGAUUCUCGUGCCCUACCUAGGCAGAGCAGCCGGGCAGUGUACGACUGUAGGCCGGACGUCUGUUACCACAACGCUGGCAGGGUCCAUGGCAGGGGUCACAACCAUGUUCGACCGUCGGCUGCUCGUGGCCACUAGGAAGGGCUCGACGUGUGCAACAACUUGCUGGGUGGGUUUGUUGCAGUUACUUCGGGCUGCUCGGUCGUCGAGCCUUGAGCCGCGAUCAGGUGGCCUAGCUGCACGGGGGUACGGGGCCUGGGGCUUGAUAUUUACCGGGUUGUUUGCGACGGAGGAGUUUGUGGUGCAAGUUUAUGACUUGGGUCGUGAUGGGCCGGCCCGGCCAUACGGGCUCUUGUUGGGUGGUGGUUGGGGACUGAUUGGGGCUCAAGUGGUUGAGCUUUUGGUUGUGGUGGGAUCGAUUAGCAUCACCAUGGGGCCAUUGUUUUAUUUGCUUCAUUGGCUUGAGAUUUUGAGGAUAUCAAGAGAUGAUGAAGUGGCUGGGCUAGAUGUGUCCAGCCAUGGAGGAUACGCCUUCAACAAUGCUCAUCAUGAAGAGGAGACGGGUCCACGGGUUUAUGGAGCAAAAUAA